CGAAUCCGUAAGUUCUGAACCAAAGUACCAGUACAGAACCGGUCUGUGUUUAGGUCUGUCCCAAGGGCAGAGCCGUUAGUGGAGUGUGAGUGAAAGUGAAAAAAGUGAAAAUCAAUCCUGGCAAAACAUGGAAUGAGUCAAGCCUCUGUUUAUGUCCCUUUUUUCCCCCUAUCGUUCCGUCGGCGGAAAUAGGGAGCGCAGCAGUUCCUACCUGCUGGAAGUGCGGAGUGCAACUUGUCUCGACCAGCGGAAAAACGACCGGGACACAAUUGCCAGUGUUGGUGUGAAGAUUUCGAGGAAUAAUAAUUGAAUCGCUGUUGUUCGUCGCCUUCCAUCAAACUCCAUUAUCAUCCGAAACCAUCCAUAUCAUACCAUUUUUGCGUUCGGUACCGACCGGCCAUAAUAGGCUGUCUGUCAUUUUGGUUCCAACAUCCGCAGCGAACGGAGUCUCCGUGAAGGAGGCGAUGGCGGUGGUGACACGUUAGGAGAGAAAGGCAGUCUUGCUGUCUUCAGCUCGUUUACGAUAUCAAUCCACACAAAAUAUCCACAUUCGAUAUUGUUCAGCCAGCAUCGCGUAGGUUUCCAUAGCGAUAUCUCAUGAAAAAAUGGUUCCGAGUUGCUUCAUAUGUCAUCAGACUUGAAAACACAUGUGAGCAGUGCGUGCAUUACUGCGUGCGCGAUCGGGUGCACCAGAAGCGUCUCGUCGUGUCGUUGGAAGAGUAUCAGACCCAUCUUUAGCUUGAGCUAUAUCACAGCUUUGGAAAAGCAAAUAUCCGACCAAGAUCAACAUUUCACAAGACGCGUCUGGUGGAAAAGAUAUCGCGAGUGGGGGAUAAAUUAGAAGAGAGUCUGUGCGAUAGAGAGCGCGAGUAACUCACGGGUCGACCUCCCGAGUGCUGCGAGGGUGGAUGUUGUAUGUGUGUGAAUCCAGCACGCGUUUGCGGUUUGUUGCUCCAUCAAAUCAGUGCUUUCCGUGAUCACAGCGCGUUUGGUCUGAAAUUUCUUCCGUUCCAUCUCCGGCAAAUUCUUUGGUUCUGACAAAUUGGAAAACUGUGUGUGGGGCCACAUCCGAGCCCAGCUGGAUACCAUUCAACCAUACAAGGGUCUGUUUAGUGCUCUGCCAGUGGUCGUGACAAAGUGAGGUGUUAAAUGUGUAAUUUAUGGCCACACUCGAAAUUCUUGGCUAAUCGAAGAUGUUGGGGGGAAAAGUGAACCGUUUCGUGAGUUUGUUUUUAGCUCUGUGAAUCUGUGGGUGUUGUUUUCGGUGUAUUCCCGCAGGGAAGAGCAGAUUCUGAGGCAGUAGUGUAGUAGACGAAAUGAGCGUGAAGAUUUAAUGUUUCGAAUGAAAAAUUCGAAGAUAUAAUAGCCCGACGAAUCCAAAUCUCAAACGGCCGCCGAAGCGUUGAAAGCCAGAACGGUCCAAUGCGAUAUGAGAAAAUUCUCAGCUGUGAAUAACACGUUCUAUCGUAUAGCGAUUUCGGAAAAUAGAUAGUACUGUGGAAAACGGUCAGUGGUGUCUACUGCGGGAACUGAUGUGUUGCCCUUAAAUUUAAUAGCGGUUUGAAAGGACACAAACGGGUUUCACUGAUUUGCUGCUCCUCUGGAACCAAGGAAAAACAAGACCAUCGGAAUCUGAUAUCGAUCAAGCUUAGAAUGGAAAUGUUCUCUAUAUCAUCACAAGCGGUGGAAUCGCUCGGACAGGCUGACGAGUCUUGAGUUUCGACGGAUAAUUUCGGCACUAGCAAAAAAAAAGAGGUUGAAAAAUUCAGCAAGGCGGAAAAUAGUGAAUAGAAUAGUGUGGGUGUCUGUGUGAAAAGUGUUAUCAAUCGAUAAACGGAGCGCGAUUCGUGCUGUGCAUUUUCCGCUGAAAGUUGACCGAAAUAUUAGGGUGGAAUCGGAGAAGCGAACUCAAAGCGAACCACGGGAAUCAACGGGAGCAGUGGGAAAACAAAACCGCCCAGAAAUAUCAACAACAGAUCAAACAGAAAUGGCAUCAAACAUCCACAAGUGGGAAAAGCUUUCGCCAAGUGAAUUCCAGCAGCUGCAAGAUCUCGCCUCGUAUUCGACCAAAAAGCUUCAGAAUGUACUUCAAGAGUUCUGUUCACCCGCGACGCCGUCAUCGUCACGAUUUCAGCCAGAUGGGGAUACAGACUAUGACGGAUUUCGCAGAUUUCUUGACGCAUUCCUGGAUUGCGAGACGCCAGAAGAGCUCUCCAAGCAUCUGUUCAUAUCAUUUCUCAAGCCGGCUCUAUAUCAGGAUCAGUACAGCCAUGGGAAAGCACUCAGCCAGAUGGCAGCAAUCAGCAGUAAUGCGGCCUGCGCUCCGGUGACAUCCCACAAUCGGGGGUCUAUCCCGAACAUAAACAACAUAAUCGACCUCCCCACGCCACAGCCUUCCCAGGAAUCACAGCGUAACAGCUUUGUGGAGCGAAUACAUGGCAUUACGGACAAACUCCAAUCGCUGGGCCAUCUGGGCCACGAGAGCAGCGAGAGCAGACAGGGCAAAAGCGGAACAGUUCACCCGAUGCUGACAGUGACACCGAGCCCGAUGGGAGGCAGCACCUCGAUCAUGCAGGCUCCCUUCCGGCGGUCCACCGACUCAAGUCCUUCGCACAGCCACAGCCACAGCCACUCGCAGAUGUCGCGAAACUCCUCCCGGAAGAGCAACAAUUCCGUCAACUGCCGGAUCGAAGAUAUUCGGUUACUUCCCCGAAAGCAGUCCUAUCUGGAUCCGCUGCAAUUCAAAGUGCCCCUGAAGGACGUCGUCUGCUAUCUCUCGUUGCUGGAAGCUGGUCGACCCGAGGAUAAACUGGAAUUCAUGUUCCGGCUGUACGACACCGAUGGCAACGGCGUGUUGGACACCACCGAAACGGACGCAAUCGUAAAUCAGAUGAUGUCGGUCGCGGAAUACCUCGGCUGGGACGUAACGGAACUGAGGCCGAUCCUGCAAGAUAUGAUGACAGAAAUCGAUUACGACGGUGAUGGAUGUGUUUCGCUGGAAGAGUGGCAACGAGGCGGACUAACCACUAUCCCACUAUUGGUGCUGUUAGGUGUCGAUAAUACCCUGAAGGAGGACGGAUACCACGUGUGGCGGCUGAAGCACUUCAGCAAGCCAGCUUACUGCAAUUUGUGCCUCAACAUGCUGGUCGGGCUUGGCAAAAAAGGACUAUGCUGUGUGUUGUGUAAAUAUACGGUCCACGAGCGGUGUGUCCAACGUGCGCCAGCAUCCUGCAUCGCCACCUACGUCAAGUCGAAAAAGUCGAAAACCACUACAACUUUUCAACAUCACUGGGUCGAGGGCAACUGCUACGGUCGUUGCUCCAAGUGUCGGAAGCGCAUUAAAGUAUACAACGGGAUUACCGGAUUAACGUGUCGAUGGUGCAGGAUGAUGCUACACAACAAAUGUGCCUCGCUUGUGAAAGCGGAAUGUUCGCUGGGCGAAUUCGGGAACCUGGUGCUGCCUCCUACAUCCAUCUGCCCUGCCGUUCUGGACCGACAGAAGUCAAUCAACUUUACCAACAGUCGGGGGAAGAACGUACCUUCAACAAUCCACUUCCAAAUCACACCAACGCCGAACAUCUGCCCGCUUCUAGUGUUUGUGAAUCCAAAAAGUGGCGGUCGCCAGGGAGAUAGAAUCCUGCGCAAAUUUCAAUAUCUGCUGAAUCCCCGACAGGUAUACGACCUGUCAAAGGGCGGUCCAAUCGAAGGCUUGACGAUGUUCAAGGACGUGACCGAUUUCAAGGUGAUAUGUUGCGGAGGAGACGGCACCGUUGGGUGGGUUCUAGAGGCAAUGGACUCGAUCGAGAUGCAGUGUCAACCCUCGAUUGGUGUCAUUCCUCUGGGCACUGGGAAUGACUUGGCACGGUGUCUCCGAUGGGGCGGUGGCUACGAAGGCGAAAGCAUACCGAAAAUUUUGGACAAAAUUCAGCGAUCCUCGGUGGUGAUGUUGGACCGCUGGAGCAUAGAGGUUAAAAAUCAUCCAGCGAAAUGCGACGAACCACCGGUGAUACCGAUUCAUAAGGUACUACAGGUAACCUUAUCGGAGAACAUGCAAAAAGUGAUAGAGCUGUCACACCAAAUCAUUGUGGAAAAAUCUGUGAUUCAAACGUACGAUGAAGUUAAGAAUAGUACAAAAACUUCGGAGAUAUCGAUAGAGAACACAAAACGGAUCGUUCUCAGUGACAAUGACGGCAGUGUGGUACAACAGCAGUCGACUACAACGACGGUGAAAUCUUCAUCAACAAAAGAAAUUACUCAGCAGCAAACGGCUACAAAGACUAAGAGCAACGGAGACAUUGAGAAUGAUACACCGCAUCCUGAAACGGUUCUCAAUGGCUCAAGUGAAUGCCACAAGGAACUUAUCAGUAGCAGCAAUAAUGGGGAUGAUCAACCGUCUUCACCUGUUACAACAGAGGUAUCUGCACUCGGAGGUCACACAAACCAUGAUGAUGAAGCGGUCAAAAGUGAGGAUAGCGCAGGUGAUGGCAACCAUGAGAUAGCACAACAAAUAAAUACCAACGGAACAUUGGAGGAAGAUGCGAAACAAUCGCACCCGCUAGAGACGAAUGCCAGAGAAAAAGUAGUGGAUCUACCCAAACUCAAGACACAACCCGCGUCCGAAUUUACUGUGCCAUAUAACAUCGUGAACAAUUACUUCUCUGUUGGAGUGGACGCCGCGAUAUGCGUGAAAUUCCACUUGGAGCGUGAGAAAAAUCCACACAAAUUCAACAGCCGCAUGAAAAACAAAUUAUGGUAUUUCGAGUAUGCCACUUCGGAAACAUUUGCCGCAUCAUGCAAAAAUCUGCACGAGAAUCUCGAAAUUGUGUGCGAUGGCGUCUCACUGGAAUUAGCGAAUGGUCCCCAGCUGCAGGGUAUCGCACUGCUCAACAUACCGUACACCCAUGGGGGAUCGAAUCUGUGGGGCGAGCAUCUGUCCCAGAAACGGAUGCGGAAAGGUCCGUUUCGGAAGAAACUGAAAAACUCUGACAAAGAGCUCUCGGCAAAUAGCUUCAACUCGGUGGAUCUUUCAAUCGCCAUUCAAGAUAUUGGUGAUCACCGGAUAGAAGUCAUAGGACUAGAAAACUGUCUCCACAUGGGUCAAGUUCGGACGGGACUAAGGGCUUCCGGACGGCGCUUGGCGCAGUGCAGUGAGGUAGUUAUAACCACAAAGAAGACUUUCCCCAUGCAAAUCGAUGGCGAGCCGUGGAUGCAAGGACCGUGCACGAUACGCUUAACCCACAAAAACCAGGUACCUAUGCUGAUGGCGCCUCGUUCCGAAAAGACCGGUGGAUUUUUCAACUUUAUAAAAAGAUGACUAACAAGGAAACAUGUCAGAGACAUCGAGACAAGUGAGGCCUAGCCAAGCCUGUCCGAUACGUAAUAACAUAACUGGAAUCAAACGCCAUGGAACCACAUGAAACAACAACCAAAAAUGAAUAGCUUUAAAUGAGAACCAAAACCAAAUAAAAACGAAACCACAAUAUUAGCGAAAAUUUUACCAGGGGCAGUAUAGUAUCCAAUAUCGCAGUUCCUCGUGGACUUAUCCUGAAUUUAGUAGAGUAGACUCUAUUAUGUCUAAGAAAAAUCUAAGAAAAAAUAUCAACUCAAUUAAGAAACGGUUUCGUAUCGAAAUACGUUAGAAGCAUAGCAUAAUAUAUUGAAACUGUACGCAAAACCAUCUUACAUUAUUGAAGUCGACUAAAAUUUAAUCAUCCUUUUACUCGCGUUCCAGAGAACGAAGCAAACUGUCAGAACUCAUUUUAAUUGAUUAUAUGAUUCCUGCGAGUGGGUAGAAUAGUUGGAUGAAUAUGGAAUGAAGCAUUUUCCUACAACUGAUUACAUUUCAAUUUUUUACUGUUUAUGCAAUUACCGAUGUCAUAGGCGAGCAGCGAUCCCGAGUCGCAGUGUGCACAGUAAGAAAAUGCUUCAUAUCAAGAAAGUGAGGAUUUUUAGUAUUAGGAGACGAAACCGCACCGAAAGUAUUGCAAAACCAUUGUUUAUUGUUCGAAAACUGUUGCUAUAUCGAAACCAAAAAAAAAAUGGAAACAGAGUAUAAUAUUUGCUUUGUUAGUGCAUUAUACAAUUAAGACACAGUAUUCCUGUUGAAUGUUUAGUUAUAAUUAUGUUAUAAAUUUAAUCCUUGCGCGUUAGUCGGUAACCCACACAUAUGAAAAGCUGCGAUGUUAUAUAGAGCAAGGGGUGGACAUAAAUAUGAAUUUGGUGUUGACACGACUGGGUUUUCUCGUGUCUAUUACUCAUUCAUUGUGAUCAAGAAAAAAUAUUAUUACUAGUGUAUCAUGAUGUUAUCACUCGAACACGAAAAUAACUGUGGGACGGGCGGAACUAAGCUUGGUUUACGUGCUUUAAUCUAGAUAUAAGUAAGGAAGACUCUAGAAGAGAAGUCGGGUGUUGACGUUUACAGAGUUCCAUCAGACCGAAGUUAGUUCCUUUCGAUUAAAAAAUGUUAUUUCUGUUUAUGUUCCUGUGUAGUCAACCAUCAAUUGUUAUCACAGGAUACGUAUUUUGCUUUUUUUGUGGCGUUAUGUUAGUACUCAUGCAUCUCACUCAUGCCGAAAUUGCCGCCCAUUUUAAAAGCUCAAUCAAUUUUCUACAGCCGCUUUGUUCGCACGUGUUUGGCUCGAUUGUGUCACAUUUACCCGAAAACCACUCACCCGAAUGUAACAAAUACCCGAAUGCGACAGCUAGCCGAAUGAAACAAUUACCCGAAUGCGACACUUACCCGAAAAAAGGAUAUAUUCGAAUAAUGCGCAAUUUUUUUAUUAGGAAGUAUUUGUAUAUUUAAUUCUGAUCAGUGUUUUAUCUAUAAAGAUCAUAUUUGUCUCAAACGUUCAUUUCCGUUCAAAAUGUAUUUUUCGUGGGUAGUGCAAUUUGAGAAAUAGUGGCGUUGACCCGCUUCCGGCGGCGGGUCGGCGGGUCGGCGGCCGACUCGAAUUGCGUCACCUCGGCGGCUUGGUGCCGCCUCGGUUCCUUAUCUUCGUUAAAUGGGGACUCCGCCCGCAUUACAUUGAUCUCAGUAUAAAUUUCAUCACGAAAUAAUAAAUUGAUGAUAAAAGCUGCGCUGCGGUGAUAAAUACUAAGUACCAUUUAUUCUCUCAUCUAUUCUUCCUUUUUUUGACGUAGGACUACGUAUUUCAUUUCUAUACCGGGGUGUAAAAACAAAGUUACGAAAACGAAAGCGUUACGCCGGAGACUGAGAUUUUGAGCGUUAAUAGCUCCUAAGCAACUGAACGAAAUGGUGUGAUAAACACACUGACAAGAUGUCAUCGCGUUAUAUACGUGUUACUUUUUGGUCCAAAAACUUAUUUCAAUAACCUUAAAAUUGCUUUCAAAACAGGCUAUUGAAAUCACCAAUCGGUAUAUAAGCGAGCGCCGCUCUUAAAUCCACUCAGUUAUAAUUGAACAGCGAUUGGAGCAUGUUGUCGCUGUUGUGGUGAAGCUAACUUCGUUCAUCAUAAAAGCGCAGAUGAACGGUGUCACCAAGAGCCUGGAGAGUGAUGCCACUGAAAAUGCGACCAAGAGAAUAUCCGCAUCGAUAAACGGUUCCGCUUGAGCAGCCACCACGGAGCAGCCACCACACAUACACGCGCGCAACUCUCUUCGUUUGCUGGUUAUCGAUAAACAUCCGGAAAGAAGUGAUUUCAUUCAAGCGAAAGAAUUUAUUUUAAUGUUUUCUACCCAUAUAGGGGAACUGGGUGUAAAACGCGCCGUCGAGGUAAAACGCACCCCCUUGAAAUAUCAUGGAAAAUUAAAUAGUUGGCAGGAUUAUUCGAUGCUCAUGACUUCAUUUAUUAUCGUAAAUACUACUGAAUAUAUGCUAGCACAAAAAAAAACCAUCUUGCUUUAAAAUAUAGCAAUGCAUGAAGAACUGCCUGAGUUAAUGCAACUUUAGCCGCUUCUGCCAUAAGACUUUUGAAGCAUUAUAGACGAAUUUAAAUUAUGCAAACUUCAUAACAUUCUAAAAUAUUACUAAAGCUAUUGAAUGAGUUUGAAUCAACAAAUGUUAAAAGUUCAAUUCAUAUUUGCAAUGCGAUUUUCUCAAGCAAGUCAUGAUGAGACAAAUCGCCCCACUACGAAGAGCUAGUUCACUGUCAGUGUUACCAAAUAACACAGAAUUUUUUCUUCAAUUCUUGUGUACAUAUAACCGUUUCCUCAUACCUGUUCUUGUAUCAUGUAAUAAAAACUGGAACGAAGAAAAUUAUUACAAUGUUUCGCACUACUAAAAUCCAUCCAACAACCUAAACCCUAGAAUCACAAUAAAAACUCAUACUUUAAAGACCGAAAGUCUGCGUAGAGAUAUUUUUGUGAACAGCGGCACGUAUUGAUACAUUUGUAAAUAUAAAAUAAUGAAAUGAAAAUUCCUCGGAGUCUCUGGUUCGACAACAAAAAAGGCUCGAAAAUACGAGAGCAUCUGACGCUCAUAGCAGGCGAGAAACUUGUCCGAAGCUGGGUAUAUACAGCGAAUUAAGAUUUAACCAAAAGAUAUACUUCGAGGUCGUUUGACAUUUCGACCCGUUGUUGUUGUGGACACCAUAUUGAUCAUCUUACCCCGUCUGUUUAGAAAUACAUACAACAUAAUCUUGUAGAAUUUUCAUCAUUUUUAUUUGUUUUCCCUAUUCGUAAUCUUUUUAGUACAGAUAACUACAAAGAAAACAGACGUGGCUUCGUUUUUGACGUGAAAAAACAAUUAAUAAUGAGCUUGAGGUGGGCAUUUUACCUCCUGUUACUCUAGUACUGCGACCAAAUACAUUUGGUUUUGUGAUUUUUCAAUCAAGUGCAAUUAGCAGGAAAGCUUCUGAAGAUUAUUCUUCCCCAUCAGUAGGAUAUUUUCGUAUCCAAUAUUGGAUACGCGCGCAACGAAAAAUGUUUCGCAAAUCAUAUAAUUUUCUAUCGAUUAUUGCUCAACCGCUGAAAGUUUCAAACUCAGAGAGUUCAUUCGCCUCUAAUUUGCCUUCCUAAUUUCCAUCGUAAGCCACACCUUCUCUCGAUUCAAUCACGGACAAAAAGUAUUCUUAAACGAUAUUCUGGUGGUAAAACGCAACCAUUUUUGGUGAGGACACCGACUGGACAACAUCGUUGCUGAACGAGCUGGACAGCGAGGCGUCGAGUGAUUCAUUACCUGACCUGACCUGACCUGAGUUUUGAACUGUGAGAGAGCGCAGAAAAGCCGAUCCAUCAGGAGGAAGAGAGAAGGCGACCAAGAGAGUGUCAGUAUCGAAAAACGGUUCCGCGUGAGACAUCGGAGCAGCCCACACACAUACACGAGCGGAACUCUUUUAGUUUGGUUGCCAUUCAACAUCGAGAAGAUUUCGGAAAGAUAUCAUCGUUGCUGAAAAAUAAUCUGACAGUUCCCCUUGGAAUUGGAAAUUACAUUCAAGCGAAAGAGUUUAUUUUAAUGUUUUGCGACCAAAUACAUUUGGCUUUGUGAUUUUUCAAUUAAGUGCGAUCAACGUAAGACCACGUCUUUCGGCAAUUUAUUAGAGGUACAAUGAAUCUCAAGAAGGAAUUCACGCUCUACGCGUACUGGCAAACGAUGUUUACUCAACAAUUUCUCAAACGAGAAAUGGGUGUUGUGAGAAAGGACGAGCGAACGCAAAAAUUAUGCAACAGAUAUUUUGUCUAUUGGAUAUGGAAUACAAAUCAUAUCACAAUACAAGAAAUGUAUUAUGCAACUUUUGUGUGAUUGCUUCUUUUGCUGAGUAUUGUGCCUCCAGCGUAACGCUCUUGUUUUCGAAGGCCCCCAAAUAUUCAUUUAUCCAUUCAUUCAGAAUUGAUUCAGAUGCAAGUAAAAACCAAUGAUCACUAAAUCAACGAUAGUCCUACGUCACCCUUGCGGUUAUACCACACAUCCUGUUUUUUCUUUUCACAUUUUCAUUUAAUUUAUUUACGUCAAAAUUACCUGUAUAAUUUUCGGAAUAUUCCAUAUCCCAUGAUCAUUUCUGAAUGAUCUUUUGGCCUUAACACAUUGCGGACCGCUCACGAGUUUUCUCGUGUUUCGCGUUCCGUCUAUUACGGAUGGAUCACGAAGCAACCCGUGUUUUCUACACUUGAUGGUCAAAUUUUUGGUCUGCCAAGAGUCUAACAAGGCCUACCGAUGGCUCGCCUUCGUCUCAUCCACGUCGAAGGAAACGAUAUCAUUCGUGGAAUCCGAACAAAUGAAGCGUACACGUUUGCCUCGAAACGUGCGGUCCUUAAUGUGUUGAAGAGCAAUACGGAAUGGGAAAAAAGACGGCAUGUGAAUAGUGCCUACACUAUUUUCUAAAAAUGACACAGCGAAGUCUUCAAAAUCUUUUUCGAAUUUCCUAAUUACAAUUUGUCAUUUUACUUCGUAUCUUCGUAACAGAAGAUUCGACAAAACUCAUAAUCUAAUGUCGGAAUUUUUCCUUCUUCAUUCAGGUAAACAUUCAAUUCACGUAAAUGUUGCAUUCGGGUGAACGUCGCAUUCGGGUAAAUGCCCAUUCGGGUAUAUGCUGCAUUCGGGUAUUUGUUACAUUCGGAUGAAUGUCACUCGAGUAUGUGUUACAUUCGGGUAAAUGGGCUUCGGGUAAACGUGUUUCAGGUGAAUGGGAUACAACCUUUUGGCUCGUCUCUGAUUAUUGCUUAUGACCCAUUCUAGCUUGACUUGACAACGUUUUGACUCACGAAAACAGGGGUUUUCUCGUGUUCAUGUAUAAAUCACACGAUUUCCAAAAGCUUAACGAUAUCAAAUUAAAAUUGUGAAGAUCUCCUACAAGAAUCUUCAGUUGGAGAAUAUUUUACUGUUGAGUACGCUUGUUGUCAGUCCAAUACUUGUGUGACGUGACAACACUUGACUUUUGAACAUUAAUGUUGUAUAUUCAGUUCCGUUUCAAAACAUACAAAUAAACUUUGUUCUAUGAUUUGUCAGCAAAAGAUGAACGUUGAUUCCUGUGUAUUCAGUUUUUCAAAAAACUCGCGAGAACUUUGCAAAAAUCAGCAAGCAUUUUGAGACGUGACAACACGCUCUGUGCAAAGAAACAGUAUCCACAAAGCGUUGUCACAUCACAAAAUUAAGAAAGUGUAUUGAAUAUGAAUUUCAUCGUAUUGUGGCUAGCUUAUACUAUUUUUUAUGUUUUUUCCACCGUGAAUAAUUUUCACUUUCCUCUGAGAUCUCUCCUUCUCCUUCCAAAGAUCUAUCCUAUAGCGGAAGGUGGUCCCAAACCGACAGGUACUCCAGAACCUACACCACCCCCCCACCACCAUUUGUUUCUCAGGAACGGUGCUUUCCACCGAAUUUUCAGUAGCGUCAAAUGAAAGAUGUCACAACGCUGACACUUUCACAAUAUGGUAACUUUCUCCUUGCUCUUUUUAUUCUAGCGUUUUACUGCCAUUUAGCUUUUUCAUUGCUUCAAAAACAGAAAAUAAAUAUUUUAGACCUCUAUGGAAAAUGAGUUCAAUGUUCUUUUAGUUUGCGAAAAAAUACAAAACAAGGCAAUUUUAAUAGCUUAUGGUAUGUUCAUCAAAAUAAGCUAUAUAAAUUUAAUCUACCUGUUUUGUGGAUAUGAUAUGGGUGCGGACCGGGACGACCGUGCUGUGUAAAAAUGGAAGUAAAAUUAUUUGCGGAUCGGGACGACCGCGCAAAACAAGUACGGACUCGGGACAACCCAGCCGUAUGGCACCCGCCAUGUUUUUGGUGCCAACAUCUCAAACGUCAGAAGUAUUUGUUUUCUUCAAAACAGCGAUCCGCGUUGACGGCAGUGGGCUUCGUUUACUAGUUUAGGGGAGCGUCAAAGAAUAGCUGAUUUUCAGUCGGAGUGAACAUUUUCAAAAUUUAAAUUAUGAAUGAAAAUUAGAUUUUCCAUAUCAAAUUAGAAUUCUGUUUAAAUUAAAAACAUUUUUGUUUGAAGGUGGGGAAAAAGUCUCAUACAAAAAUUGUUUAUGAAGACAACUUUAUAUUAUAUAAAAAAAAAUCAGCAACAAUGUUGGAAUUGUACGACCAUAUGGUUGAAUGAAAGUCAGAAAUACGCGUUUCUAAUAAUUAAAUAACAUAAUGUGAAAAUUUUCAUUCAAAUUUUAAAAUUUGAAAACCGGCUCCGUGUCUUCUAAUCUGGUAGAGAUUACACUAACGAUUUUGGGACCCAAAUUAUGGCUCUAACUUGAAGUCGCCACCAGACGUCGGCGUCAUCGCGAAUUACCAAUUUACCACCAUCUGACAUAUCGUGAUGUCGAUGAUGAACUUUUACAGCAGAGGGAUAGUGAGAUAGGCGGUGACGGUAGGUAGAGUGAGAUAGCGAUAAUCGUGUCAUACACCUGGGACAACCGUAUGGAGAACAGAACAUGACCCGAUAUUUUGUUAGUUAAAGGUCAUCAAUUAGCUCAUACAUCCCAAAGGUGGUUCAAAUGUGUUCUGUGAAGGAAAAUACACUGAAUUUUUUUUUAUUCUUUAUUUUUUGAGACUUUCAGCCUCCUGGGCUGGUUCGUCUCACAAAUACACUGAAACAAAAUCCACAUGUAUUUGUUCUUUUCAUCUUUUUUUUUAUUCAAUUUUUUUUUUCGUAGAAGAGAAAAGAUGUGUGGCAAGCCCAGUUGUGGCAACACGGGCAUCGUCAGAUUAGCGAUCAAGUGGGUUGGGCACUCGGCACAUUCUCCGCCAUUUUAUCAGCAGGCAGCCACCGUUCGGCUUCGGGCGGUCUCCGGUUAUUCAGCGGACGCUCAGGGACACACACCUGUUACCUGCAAUACACGGAAUGUCUCCGAAAAAGUCGGAGUGGUGCUGACAGGACCUCCUAAAGGCAUCCAUGAGUGUGCAUGUGUGCGUACCUGUGCAAAGGUGUUUAUGUUUGCGCGUUGACGUUGACAUUGACGCUUCUCUAAAGCUUUUCCCAUUCUUCUUCGCGCGCCCAUGGUUAUAUGCUAACUCUAACAUUCCCGAUCGUGUUGUGAGAUUUCAUGCCAUUUCCGGUCCUUUGGAUCCGUUUUUUUUACGAACCGCAAGACACCAUGCUAGAUUCCAAAAUGGCAUCGGAAUACGAUAUUCGACGUCCGUUGGUAAGAUGCCUGCACCCAAUGGCCAUAUCGUAUGGGUUUUUCAUAUUUUUGUCGUUUAAUACUAUCAUCAGAAAUCCGGAAGUUGAAACAAGGUUAUACGAGGGGUGUUCAAUAAAGACUCGGACAAAGUUUUAUUUUUGAAAAUUAUUCAACGUCGCUAGUAUCACGUUCAAUAUACUCCCCUCCAAGUCGAAUGCACUUUUCCCACCGCUUCUGUCACUUUUCGUACACGUGCUGAAAGCACUCUUCGGACAUGCGCUUCAAAAUCGCCUGUACAGCUGCUAGGGCUGCUUUCGCGGAGUCAAAUCUUUGACCUUUGAUCUGGUUUUUCAACGUAGGGUAUAGAAAAAAGUCACAUGGAGCCAAGUCCGGACUAUAGGGUGGGUGGGGUAUCACUUCGAUGUUCUAUUUCGCCAGAAAGUCCAUCACUGAUCUCGCGACAUGAGGCCUAGCGUUGUCGUGAUGAAGUUUCCAUUGACCUUUUGUGAACGAAGGCCUCUUUCUUUGAAUGUGUGGUCGUAUAACUUGCUUCAAGACACUAAUAUAAUAUUCAGCAUUGACCGUCUGCUUGUUUGGAACAACAUGAGUGUAUACAAUACCAUAUUUAUCGAAGAAAGUGAUGAUCAUUACUUUGGUGGUGCUCUUGUUUGCUUGCGCUUUUUUCGGUGACGGACCGCCUUUUGGGACCCACUGAGUUGACUGCUGCUUAGUUUCAGGAUCAUACACAUAAAUCCAAAUCUCGUCUACGGUAAUAACAUUAUCCAGCCAAGUAGAAUCAUUUCGAACCUGAUUUUGCCAGUAUUGGCAGAUGGAAACACGGUUUGCUUUUUGCUCGUCUGUCAGCAGCCUAGGGAUGCACCGAGCACAAACACGCGAUAAAUUCAAAACAUCACAUAAUAAGUUAUGUGUGCUGCCGGUAGAUAUUUGUAGUAUAGCUGCCAGCUGUCUGACGGUGAUUCUCGCGUCUUCCCGAACGAUAGCAACACCAGUAUUGAUUGUUGUCUCCGUCAACUUCGCAGCUGGAGUGCCUGGUCCUCCCUUCAGCUCCGCACUGGUCCUACCGUCCUUGAACUGCUUAUAUCACGCGUAACAUGUUGAACGAGCCACAGCUGAUUCACCAUAAGCCUCACGAAUCAUUGAAUACGUUUCUGUCUGUGUUUUUAGAGUUUAAAACAAAAUCGAAUAGCGUACCUCUGAUCCUUCAAAUUUUCCUUCAUCAUAAGUGUACAGGCGAAAUUUUUCUGCGAUAUUUCACUUAACUGUCACACACGAACUAUACAUCGCACCACAGUAAAAAAAAUGCCACUGAAACUGGAAUGAGAUGUACUUUCCAGCGGUACCGCGUUUGGAGCGUUUCCAGUGUUGCCAACCGCGAAAAAAAAUUGUCCGAGUCUUUAUUGAACACCCCUCGUAUUCUAUAUUCGGGAAUCUGGAUCUACUCACUAAACCGAUGGAAGCGAUUAUGUUGAAGAAGCUAGAAGGGGUGAUAAGAGUCAAACCAGCUAUUGUUGAGGAAGUCGAAAGUUGUCCGCAUGGAAUUUCGCUUCAGAUUGCUUCAGAACAUUCAUUCUGCUCCACUAUUGGACUGCUGAUUAUAUGGUGCUGUGCGAAAGUAAAAAAUUUUUUACUCUGCGCAAAAUUUCCGGAACUCAGCACUAAUGAAAGGACCUCCAUUGUCCGUCACAAUCACCGUUGCUAUACCGAAGCGGGCAGAAUAUUCUCGGAGGGAAAAUAUUGUAGUUGAGCUUGUAGGAAAUUUCGUUUCCAGAAACUCUGGUCAUUUCGCAUGAGAUUCCAAAACGACCAGAUUACAGUAUCCAUCUGGAGAAACCGCAAAAUCCAAGUGUAGACGUCGUCAUGAACCAUCGGCAGUCGUCCGCGUUAGUGACACAGUUUGGACAUCUCCAAUGUAAAUGUCGGUGCGUAACCAGAAAACGAUGCCUCGAGCGAUUGCUUUUGAACGCUCGAUUACGGCCUUGAUCCCGUUUCUGGAAACCACUAUUUACCACGACUCGAUCGAUCAUCACACAGUCACCAACCUGUGAGUAGAACUCUCGAUAACCGAAGAACUAUCUUACAUCAAACACUGGAAUGGCUUCGUUUCACUUCAGCCAACCAUUCUUGAUGUAUUAUAUCACCUCGCCUGUAACACUUGAUCCUUAGUUGUAGCUUCUCGCAACAACUUGAAACUGAUCGGAAAAUUCUUAAAAGAGCCUUGCAAACCGGAACUGACAUCAGUUUCUGUUCGGACCAUAAAGUCGAUGUCUUACGAAAUUAAUAGAUUAACAGAAAAACACGCGUAUUCAAUUAAUAUUGUUACCAUCUCUUCCAUUCCAUUCUUCUCUUAGCUUCUCUUAGCCAACCUGCUUAGCGCCCGUUCUCAACCGCUGGAUCACACCAACUCAAUGAACACGAUGCUGUUGGAACACUUCAGCCGGAAGUCCCUUGCUCAUCAUGUCCGCUUGUUGACUGUUCGUCACUAGGUUCUUCAGGCAAAUUCCUUGUUGUUUCGCUGAAUCUCAGAACAAUUGGUACUUGACGUCUACAUGUUUGAUAAGCCCGAAAUCUUUAGGUACUUCGAUGACUCGUGUCGUUGAAUGAUUGUCUUUGUAAAACGUGACGGCUCCUGUCACAACAAACCCCAAGUCAGCAAAAAGAUGUAUCAGCGAAAUCUCAUGACAUGCGCAACUAGCAACAGUGGUGUCGAGUGGGGGGGCGCUGGGUGCAACCGCCCCUAGGUACACGAUCUUGGUGGUGGGAAGUGUCCGAAACAUUCAACAAAACAAAUCUGAAUGUAGGGUACAUUGACAAAUACUUCGCCAAUCAGCAUACACCAUAUUCAGAUUGCUUUGAUUGCAUUGUUGGAGCUCCACAAUUUCUUUGCGAUUCAACGGAGCAUAUGAACAGGAAAAGUCCCGCUUAAGGACUUAUACUAUUUGGAUUUCAUCUGUUUUGUGAUCUCCUGAGAUGCAAUACGCGAAGAGGUGGAUGAAACACAAUUUUAUCUGCAGGAAAAUAUGGUGACCAUGGAGAGAGUUGUUGAAGAGCAUAAGACCCUGGAACUUUUCUUAGAUGAAGACCGCCAGAAAUGGGUAUGACAUACGGCAUCCAAGAGCAUAUAUCUUGAUGAGGGGCAAAUUUGUUGGUAGAAGCCGAUUGAUGUCCGAAAACGAGAGGUCUAUUAGAACUAGCAUCUGGGAGAUCGCCGAAAUGUUCGCUGAAUCUGAUUGGAUCUGUCCGAGAUAUUUAAUCUCCCUUUUGAAACUUUAGCCAUGAAGCCGCUUGAGCAGAGCAAUUAGAGCUACAUGGUGUUUUCACUAUUUUCACUGUGGAUGAUGAUGUCGUAUAGCAACGCGUCGAUUCCAUCCAAAUCUGCUGUCAUCUUCGCAAUCGGUUGCUGGAAUGCGCUAGGUGCUUCUACUUACAUGUACCCGUCGAAAAUAUCAAUGAUACUGAAGGCACAUUUGCUAUCAAGUUUAGCAAAAAUAUCAUCGAGCGUAGGGAGAGGGUAGUGGUUUGCUUCUAGCGCCGUAUUGAGUUCGGAGGAGUAAUCGGCGGAGAUACGUCCUCCCGAGGAGAAGUCGGCGUCUUCCCUGCCUAGUCGGAGAAAUCCAUGGGCAUAUCCAAAUGUUGUAGUUGUUCCAAUUGCUUUUCUGGUUUUAUGUUCAGACCAACUUUUGUUUUGCUGCAGUAACCCAAUUCGUCUUGAAACCCCGAGCAAGGAAGUGUUGGCCAUCACGUACAAAAUUGGAAAGUGUCGUCUGAUUGCAGUGUAGAUGGGCUUUGACCAGAGAACAAAACGUCUAUCCAAUUCAGACAAAUUACGUUCAGAUUCUUGAGAGUCUGUCAAGCAACCUGAACCGAUGGAGCCGAAGGCUUCUUUUCCACCAACGCUAAAUCAUACUUGAGGUGUAUAAGAUUCUGGCAUUUGGUCACCAAACGAUCGACUGUAUCGGACACGUGCUUCGAUAGGAGCGUCAGGGUCGGAACCGGUAAAUGGAGCUCCUUGAUAAUGGCGGAAAAAGAUUCAAUUAUCUGUUCGGGUGCGCUUCGCUGAGCUGUUGGAUUUACUCCAUUAUUGACUUGUUUCAGAAGAGACAUCAGACGACUAUCCUGGAGUGCCAUCUGACGCAUAACCCCCGGCAACGAAAUUUCAAACAUUGCUCCUUUUACUACAUGAACAUCUCCACCUCCAUCCGGAUUUCCGUUGCUAUUACUCAUUGAUCCUCUUUUAAGAAUCUUCAAGUUUUAAAACUCACCAUAAAUUUUAUGUUCGGAAAAUCAAACAAACUUGAGGAACAAAUAACAUUUACUUCUAUUAUUGUCAAAGGUUAAUUCAGGAACGAAAAUUUCGACUCAAUCAUCUUAGUCUCACGUGACAGAUAACAGGCAAAAUUUGUGUUUCUCUAACACGGACUUCGAAACUAAUGUGACUGGGGGAAUCGGCAUUGCAAAAACAUUUUGCAUGCAUGCUUUCUUGUACUCCGGACUGUAUUUUCUUAACACAGACUACAAAAGCAGGCACGAACACAACACUCUUUCAAUAAAUAAUUUAUUCAAUACAAACAAAUUAUUACUAAACCCACGGUAGUCCUACUUCAUCCUUGCGGUUAUAUCAUAGAUAUAACCCAUUAUUAUUUUUUAUUUACUUCGAUGAAAGUUAACAAAACAACCCGGCUUCUCACGAUAUAGAGUAUUCUAUUGACAAAAAAAAAACAAAAAAAAAGUUCGAUUACACCAGUCACCAGACAGAAAAGCGCAGAGAUACAUUUACUGCUUUCUAUGUUUAUGGACCGUCAAAAUGUAAAUGUGAAAUAUUGUCGAAAAUUAAAAUAUGAACAACUAAUUAUAAACAUGAUUUGACCUUAUUUUCACUUAUUAUUUCUACAAGCAAAAAUAAAAUUUCACUUUAAAACCCAAUACCUUCAAACAUAAAAUGAAAAUGAAAGAUUAUUUUUGCUUCGGAAUCACCACAGCAGCAGUUAACAUGUAAGGUAUCGACCGAAUACAUCGGGUGCACGGACAUUAGAAACUAAAGGACGCAUUACAUCGUAGCGCAUAUUUAAUCUAGUCAAUGAAGACAAAAAAUCAAAACCUAAAAACAGUAUUGAUCAAGAAUAUAUUAGACGAGAAAAAGAGAUUCUAAAAUAGUCCAGUAAGGCAAACUUCUUGUACCGCACACGAGGCAAGGAAUUUGAAACCAUUUUAGCUAGACGACAAAGUAUAUUAGAGGAUAUCCAACGAUUCUAAAACACACGUUGUAAAAUGUGCGUUCUACUGAACUAGGUAAUUCUGAGCCAGGAGGAAAAACAACAAACAAAUCAUGAAUUUCCGUUCGAAUAAUGGUUGCUAUCCGUAAUCCUAAAAUUAUUUUUAUAUUGCUUGCUUUUGAUUAUAACACGAUGAAGACGCAUGCAGCGAUGGAACGCUGUCAGUCAUCUUUGAAUAGUAGUUUCAGGCCUAAAACACUGAUUUAUAUAGUGAUAUACAUAUUAACUUUUAACAAGCGAAACGAAUGUAUCACUAAACCAAAUCAAAAAUAGUAAAGCGUAGUGCGAGGGGCAGUGAUCGGGGGAAGGGGAAGCUAACAUGUACAAAAGAGGGAAUUAUUUAACUGAACCGAUGUACAUAAGCCACUGUUCCGGGUGUGACUGAUUGUGAGUGUACAAAGGAUAUGAAGGUAAUGAUUGAGAUUGUAUAAAGGGAUGCUGCUAUCUAGCAGAACGAAGUGUGCUCUUUCGAUUAAGUUGAUUAGUAUAUACAAAAUCUAGUUGAGUAGUAUAUUUCCGUUUCCAUUAUCUGUUAGUUUACUGAGGUAAAAGAGUGUAACUUUGAACUACCAAUACACGCACUUUCGGACCAAACGGGGCACUAUUAGGCGGUAACAUAUAACAAAUCUAGAGUAUCUCUCACGAACCACUUAGUUUAUCGCUGUAUCAACGAUAUUCGUUCACAUUAUAGAAGAGUAUUUGCUUUAUCCAGACCUGUCUAUUAAAAUGUACUGAACGGUUUACUGACAAUACAAUAAAAUAUUGGAUGAAGAUUGAAUCAAGUCGCGUGAACUUUUAAAAAAUGCCUUAACUAACGAUCCGAUAGUUUACCUCCACACUCACCAGUACAGAAAAUAUUAAAACCCAAAAACAUUAUUUUGAUUUAGAUUCGUAAUUUAUCAGCAUGAAUCUAGAUUAUUUCAGGGCUUGUCAUUACCUUAUCAUCGUAAUUUACUGGAAGAAACUAGAUCGAUUGAGUCAUAAGGAAAGAGACUUAAAACUUUGUUCAAACGAUAAUGAAAAUAUGAUAGUCAAGUAGUGCUAUAGUCAACCAAAUAUCAUAUUCGUCCAUCAGCUAUACCAAUAUAUUAGAAAUUAAUGCAAUCAAAAAUACAUUAAUGUAGCGAAGCAUUCAUCGGAAGCAGUAAGACCGUAAAUUUAGUUCUGAUGACCUAAUUUAUAAUGGAACGAAAAACUUUUAACUCGCAUAUUAGCAAAAAAUGCAUAUAACCAUCAUACGUACAUGAAUAAGAUCUGAUAAUAUGUAUAUGGUGAUGAGAUGGUGUGACUUCAAAUGUUAGUUUAGUCAGGGCCAGUGAGAAGGGUCUGUCAACGACAUCUGCUGUUAAAUCAAUAAUUUAUUUACUAGUCUGUAUUGCCAAUGGGAAAUAAUUCAAUAAA